AUGGGGAAACAGAAAACCCACAACAACAUCGUUGUCACUGGGCAUGUAGAUUCAGGGAAGUCUACCACAACUAGCCAUCUGAUCUACAAAUGUGGCGGGAUCAACCACAGAACAAUUGAAAACUUCAAGAAGGAGGCUGCCAAGAUGGGAAAGGGCUCCUUCAAGUAUGCCUGGGUCCUGGACAAACUGAAAGCUGAAUGUGAGCAUGGUAUCACCAUUGAUAUCUCCCUGUGGAAAUUUGAGGACAGCAAGUACUGUGUUACUAUCAUUCAUGCCCCAGGACAGAGAGAUUUUAUUAAAAAUAUGAUUAUGGGCACAUCCCAGGCUGACUGUGCUGUACUAAUUGUUGCUGCUGGUGUUGGUGCAUUUGAAGCCGGUAUUUCCAAGAGCCAGCAGACCCGUGAGCAUGUCCUUCUGGCUUACACUCUGGGUGUAAAACAGCUAAUUGUUGGAGUUAACAAAAUGGAUUCCACUGAGCUGCUCUACAGCCAGAAGAGAUAUGAGGAAAUUGUUAAGGAAGUCAGCACCUACAUUAAGAAAAUUGGCUACAACCCCAACACAGUAGCAUUUGUGCCAGUUUCUGGCUGGAAUCAUAACAACAUGCUGGAGCCAAGUGCAAAUAUGCCAUGGUUCAAGAGAUGGAAAGUCACCCAUAAAAAUGUCAAUGCCAGUGGAAUCAUUCUGCUUGAAACUUUGGGUUGCAUCCUGCCACCAAUUCACCCAACUGACAAACCCUUGUGUUUGCCACUCCAGGAUGUCUAUAAAAUUGGUGGUAUUGGUACUGUCCCUGUGGGUCGAGCGGAGAUUGGUGUCCUCAAACCUGGCAUGGUGGCCAUCUUUGCUCCAGUCAAUGUGUCAACUGAAGUGAAGUCUGUAGAAACGCACCAUGAAGCACUGAGUGAAGCCCUUCCUGGGGACAAUCUGGGCUUCAAUGUCAAGAGUGUAUCUGUCAAAGAUGUUCAUCGUGGUAAUGUGGCUGCUGACAGCAAAAAUGACCCACCAAUGGAAGCAGCUGGCUUCACAGCUCAGGUGAUUAUUUUGAGCCAUUCAGGCCAAAUCAGCGCUGGAUAUGCACCUGUGCUGGACUGUCACACAGCUCUCAUUGCUUGCAAGUUUGCUGAGCUGAAGGAGAAGAUUGAUUGUCGUUCUGGCAAAAAGCUGAAAGAUGGCCCUAAAUUCUUGAAAUCUGGUGAUGCUGCCAUUGUUGAUAUGGUUCUUGGCAAGCCCAUGUGCGUCAAGAGCUUCUCUGACUAUCCUCCCCUGGGCUGUUUUGCUGUGUGUGUGACAUGA